AAUCACAUGAAGAAGCCACAGUGACGCCUUUAAGAACCAGAAAUAUGUUCGCUUUGAUAGUUACAAUCAUGUAAUCAUAUCUUUUUCUUCUCCUCGAGAUUGUUUUUGUUACAUUACCGCAUGUAACCUGUCAAAAUGUCCUAAAAUAAUGAAUACUGAACGGAGUCUUUUGUGGGGAUAACAGUGUGCCUUUAUUUUCGCGUUACAGUACAAACAAUAGCUGAUAACUCGUACUGACAUUACAGCGACCCCGUAACAACCUGAAACGUUCAAGUUACGUUAUUUCAUUCAGUUUCAAUUAUCAGCGAACAUAUACAUGACCACAGCAACUUUUACCGACUGUCAACAUUUACCGAAUGUGUUAUCCUUGAUUGAAGCUCUGUACAUUACAAGGUGUACACGAACGCAGCACUGAACUCCAGCAACUGUCAUGGCGUCUUCCUUGAAGGGGGUUUGGUACUGGAGAAAGUAGCUGCUGUCACUUACCAGUUUCUCCGUAUUAAAGCGCAGCUGACGUGGACUGAAGAGUUUUGGGGCGCCGGUAGUUAAAAUGGGGACCGUCCAUGCUAAGAGUCUGGAUCCACUCCCAAUGCAUGGCCGGGACUUGGAUGUCCACCCUGAAGAUUUCAUGGAGACUCCAGACCAAGGGCAAGACUCCAAACAGGAGAUCCUUGAAAACAAAGAUGUGGUUGUCCAGCAUGUGAACAUCCAGGGUCUGGGGAGAACCAAAGAGGAUCUGCUUGGCUAUGAGAUCUCUGAUGUUUUCCAUGCCAAAAAUCUCAUUGAUGUGAUGAAAAGAGCUCAUGUCGCUAGGCAGAGGCUGCUCCGCCUGGGAAUCUUCAAAGACGUCGAGGUUCUGAUCGACACAUCUGAAGGUAACUGA